CAAGUGUUGUUAGUGGAAGUUUUUGACCCCCAAACAUCCAUCGAUCGGUACUAGUGCGAACGAAUUUGUUCGGAAUCGGAAUCGGAAUCGGUGCACUGUUGUAUGGCAAAUUUCCUCACGCGCGGAGAGGGUUGAACAACAGUUGUUCAAUUUUACCCGGAAAGAGUGUGCUUUAUCGAAUUUCAAUUCGGGUGGUGAGUGUGGAUACAAGUGGAAGAUAGCGGGAACUAACGUCGGGGUGGUCGAUCGUCGGCAGAAAAGCAGGAAGAGGCUGGCCAGUGGAUAUGGAUAUGAGGCUGGAACAUUUGGCCGGAUUGUUUUAGAUAGGAUUGACCGGCAGUGGGUGUGCGCACAUGUGGGAAGGUGGACAAGAAGAAGAAGAAGAGGUGAUGACUAUCGAACUGACGGAUGCUGCAUUUUUCUCAUCGAUAACGACCAGCAACUAUUAUUUGACGAAAUGAGGUGACCAGAGACCCUCACAAGAGAGCUCAUCCAAACCACUCAAGAAAAACAUACUCAAACUCCGAAAUCUAACCUCAGCGGAAAGCAACGCAACGAACCAGAGCGCUUCAAAAUGGGCAACUCCGGCAGCAUGCACGGUUUGCCCGGGUACGAUGAGGGAUAUCACCACCCGAGCUACCACCACCAGUACCAGAGGUACCAUGAAAUGAUGCGAGCCAACGGCCAUCAUGGAGCUCCACCCGGUUGGCUAGAGUCCUACCAGCGGGACCUCCGGAACGGCGGAGGAGGAGGUCAUCGCACCUUCGACAACCGACACAGUCAUGACGGUGGCGGCGGCGGUGGACACCGGGAAUCUACUAGCAGUGGUCCGAGUCUUCCACCUCCAAUGAAAGUGCUUCCGGAUAUACCCGGUAGGGUGGCGAAACUCCGUCCGACCAACAACGGCAACAUUCUUCACUCCGGUGGAACCAUCAGCAAGAACAACAACCUGCAGCGAUCGAAGAGCAUAUCGUCACCGACGUAUCAACAGCACCAACAGCAAGCUUUCGACGAGUCGGAAGAAAGCGAAGUCAUGACCAUGCUUCCUCCGCGUUUGGCUAUGACUCGUUCUCGGACGCAGAUGCAUAUGAUGACACCUGGAAGGCGAAACUUCGACGAAUCAACUUCCAGGGGUCCAGGUCCCCGUGGAUUCGCUAACAACCAGCGGAAACCGAGCUACGAACACGGAACGCUGAACAAGAAACGCUUUGGCUCGGAGCCGGAUCUACGCAUCUCCAAGAACAACAACGAAAUGCAGGACGACUCCAGCGGCGGAAGCGGCGGCCAAGCUGGCCAUCGGAACAUCAAACCCGUUCAGUCUAAGAUCAUCAAGGGAAAGAACAAGAAGAAAGCUCCAGUACCACCGACUUUGGAAAAGCGUGAACCGGAAGUCGUCGAGAAGCAACGCAUCAUCGCGUAUUCUCCCCUGCGUAAAACCAACUCGGACGCCUCGUCCACGCAGCCAUCCAGCGACAGCAACAGUAACAACCCAACCCGGAAGCUCCGGCUGUUCAAAACCCGUGCCGAAACCAAGAAGAACCUAAACAUCACCAAACUCCCGGAAGCGUCCGAUGCGAAGUACUCGGCCAAGGGCGGCCAACCGAACGGUCACAAACUACCCCUGUCACCGACCAACAGCAGUACCUACAAACUCACGGCUCGCAAGGAUCCUGACUGUGACAGCGGCACCCUGGACAAGCCCAAAUCCCGACUGAAUCCAACGUCGUUUUUCCGACGGGAAAAGACCUUCGACAUUGGUGUGCUCGAGCGGGACCGGGUGCUGCGUAGCGGUGGGGCCGCUAACCAUGUGCCAGAAAUCAAGCCGACCAUGUCGCCACCGAUUUCACGACGAAAAUCCAUCGUCAAGUCGCUGCUGGAGAAGGACCAGGCCGAACAGCAACAGCAGGAACAACGUCAGAAACAGAAGCAGUUGCAGCAGAGCCGUGUCACUGCGGUUGAGCCAAAGUUCAAACCGAAGAUCCAGAACGAGAAACGGAAGCCACAACCGCAACCACAACCGGCACCGGUGACUCCAAUGACCGACUUCCAGAAGGAGCUACAACUUGCCACCCGACGGAAAACCACAGUUGACGGUAGCAGCCCGAAUCUUGCUCAACCUCAACAGAAACCAACCACGGUUGCUACCAAUCAACGCAAGGCAUCGGAGACCAAGCAAACCAUCAAGGUAGAAGCACCACCCAAGAACAAUCUGGUCAUCUCGGUGGAACCCAAGCAGGCAUCACCGGAGCGAGAGAAGGCAUCCCUUAGUCCCGCACCGCCUCCACCUCCGUUGCCGAAGACGAGCUUCUACUUCGGAAUGAGUGCAACACCACCCAAGGAGUCGCCCAAUGAUGAACCACGUAUCUCUCCAACCCUCCUGGCCACGGCCAAAAUGCUGGAAACCCGUGUCGAUUCGGACGUUGAUUCGUCCGAUGACGAACCACUACCGAUUGCGCGGAACGACUUCCAGAACGAACUGGAUGAAGAAAUGGACAAAACCCAACUGGACGCCAUCGAUCGUUUCGCGGCGAGCCUAAUGAACGGCACCAAAUUUGCAUCCGGAUCGGAUUCGGCAGCUUCGUCCGACGUAGACGUUCGAACAAACGCCGGGGAUAUGGAUUCUGACGCACAUGAAAUUUCGCUCAAGCUCCGACCGACCUUGCCGCGUAAACAUUUCGAGAUACCUCGGUUCAGUCCGGCAGCUGCUUGGCGACUGCUGACCACCGAGGACGACUUCGGACGGGACUCAACCGAGCUGUUCCCGUUUGUAGAGAAGAAAACAAUGCUUCGCAGUCUGGAGGCAGUGGACGCGGCCGAAGACCGCAUCGAACGAAUCUACCGUGAACCGAUUCCUGGGCUGCAGGAUAACAAAAGUGGAGAUAGCGGAAUUUCCGGCGAUGCAGGUCUUCCGGACCUAGGGGAGGCACAGAUGCUGAAUUCAAGCAAGGAACGAGAUUCUCCGGAGAGUUCUCCGGUUGACGAUGGUGGCAAUAAUGGGUGGUCUUCGAAUGCACUACGGUUGACACCUUGGACCCCGCAGCAGGACUUGGAAGACGACGACGAUACAACCGGAAGCAGCGACAAUCGGCAGCUCAUCGAGGAAACUCCAAUCAGCAACGGUCCUAACGAUUUCUCCAGCAAAGGACACAUCUUCAGCUUGUCUCUACCUCGCGAGAGUCACCUGUCGAUCUACACAGGAGCUGCCAACGGAGAUAAGGUAAGUAUGGGUCCCGGAGCUUUGCAGUCGACAUUCACGGCACUUUCUUCACCUCAGGUCGAGAAGCAGAUGUUCAAUAGUCUGCAGAAGUUGCGUAAGUCGGUCUCGGACGUGUUCACGAGCGAUCCGGAUGUAAGCCCGCUGGAAAGCGGAGACAACUGGUUCUUGUCUCGGCUGGAGUCGCCAUCGAUUACGAACGCCUACGAGAAAAGGCAGCUUAGCCCAACCGCCCCUAAGCAAAGUCCACCGGAAGUGCCUCCGACCAGUGCCCAAAAGGACGAAACACAGUUCGGUAUGCCGGCCAAACACAGCGCCAUUGGAUAUCUGGUCAGCGGCAAACACAUGAUGUACCUUCCGAAGGAAGCUACCAAGGUCGUUACCAUCAACGGCAGUGGCAAAAACGACCAAAACAAUAACGUGCCAGAAACGCCUACCGUGAACUCGUCCUACGCUGGAAAGCGAAAGGAAACCAAGGAGAACAUGCAGGAUCCGAUACCGGAGGGGGUGAGCUUCCCGGUGAAGAUAUCCACUCGCAAGAAUCAUCGCUUCACCUUCCAGAGUACGAUUCGGCAGAUUGAGAAGCGCCGCGUUGCGGAGAAAUUGUCCCGGGAGGCGGAGGUUAAGGAAGCGUUGAGGUUAAGCGAGCUCGAGGCAAUGCGUAGGGUGGAGGAGGAAUUCCAAAAGAAGCGAGCACGCGAGAAGGCCUCCAUCAGACAUCAGCUGCGGUUGUUCACGAUGGAGGAAACUGGGCAAGCGUACGACGGGAACGAUGAUGAAGAGAAUAUCGAACUGAGCAAACGUGCUGAACCGGAAAGCGACGGUUUGGCACCGCAUCAGUCCAAACCAAACGGGAUGUAUCGCAAGAAGGACUCCACGCUGGACAGACCAUCGUUCCAAAAUGGCGGCCAGGCACGGCGUUUGAGUUCGUCGCGUUUCCACGGAACGGCGGCCACGCUGGAGCGGAAAUACUCCUCGGGCAGCGGAAUUGCGAACUUUGAUCGAGAAAUGGAAGAUGAUUUCAACAGCGAUGACAACGGAAACUACCAUCACAAUGGCAACAACCAAAAUGGAAACAAUAACGCUGAUGUUGACGAUGACGAUGACGCGGAUAGCAGCUUGGGGUACAUCGACACCCGGACGCCGUACAUCUCGCGCAUCAUCCAGGCCAAGAGCAGCAAAAGCUACUUGGGUGGUUUGAAGAAGUGAUCGCGCGCAAUCGCCUCACAGCAACUAGCGAACCGCCAUCUAGUCAUCGAAACGAAACGGAAGGAUUGGUUGGAGAGAUUUUAAACGAAACAAAUGAAGCUCAAAUGAAACCGGCAUACUCACAUAGUACGUUUGCACAGAUGCAGCAAUCGGAGGGGGCCCUGCAGGGCACCCAUUCUUGCACAAUGAAUGAAAAUAAGGUUGUAUUUAAAAUUUGCUCGACAUAGUUUAGGGUAGCGGUGGUUCCGAUUGGGCAUAUCCGUACUUAUUUGAUCGGGACACCGUUCUUUUUUUUUAAUGCUGAAAAUAAUUAUCCACAACGAGUACGAUUCUUUUCCGAUUAACAUCAAUCUGCAUGUUAUUUAGUGUGUAAGGACCACUAACACAAAACCGCGCAUUAACAAGAAAUGUUGAAUAAAUUUUUUCGAUUCUUUUACUCAAA